UUUUCGGUUGCCUUGUUUACUUUGAAACUGAACGUCGAUGUUGGAAUAAAUUAAUAAGCGGUUUGUUUACAUAUACGUUCUUGUAUUGUAUUUGUUUAUAAAGAAAAAUAAAGAUAUUAAGUGCUUUUUUUUUCAUCGUUGUGUACAAAAGUGAAUAUGUCUGAAUCAGAUUUCAAGACGCCCAUCAAAAAGGACAAACCAGUCGAAGAUAAGAUCACAAUACCCCCAUCUCCGUUCUUACACAGACUGGGAUAUGGCACUGGCGUGUCAGUUCUACAGCUGGUGCGAUCGCCUCGCGCCGGUCAAAUCAGAUCACCGUGGGCUCUAAAGAUGAUAAACAAGCGAGUUAAACACAACAAAGUGUACUCGGAACGGUUGCAAACUGAAGCUGAGCUGCUGCAACGCAUGUCCCAUCCUAACAUAGUAGGGUUUCGAGCGUUUAGUAAGAGCAAGACAUUGUUUUUGGGGAUGGAGGCUUGUGAGAUAUCGCUCGGAGACAUGAUUGAGAAGAGGGCCGAGGAAGAAUGUGAACCUUUUACAGAGAAGCAAAUUUUGAAGGUUGCAUUAGACAUCGGCAAAGCCCUAGACUACUUGCACACCAAAAUGCAGUUACUUCAUGGGGACAUGAAGUCUUACAACAUCCUGGUGAACGGAGACUUUGAAGUGUGCAAGCUUUGCGACUUUGGAGUCACCCUGCCUCUGGAUGAGAACGGCGUGUUUGACAAGAUGAAUGCUGGGAAAGCUGUUUACUAUGGAACAGAAGCCUGGAGCGCCCCGGAAGUCAUCCACGGCGGCGAGAUUUCCAGCAAGACGGAUAUCUGGCCGCUCGGACUCACAUUGUGGGAGAUGAUGGCUCUGAUGCCACCGCAUUCGCAGAUGGACGAGUCGGCUGAAGAUAGCAUGUGUUUGGAUGACUCUGUACAGAGCACUGAAGAGGACUUUUUUUCGGAGAGAUACGGCACACGUCCCCCUAUGCCCGCCAACAUUGCCGAGCGCCAAUUCGCAGGCUCCCUAGCUUUGUUCCACGCCUGCACCCAGACCAGGCCUAAAGACCGACCGUCAGCGCUACACCUGGCCACCGUCGCUGAAGAAAUGAUGGUCAGAUCCGGAAAUCCAUAGCGGAACCGCUGACUAUAAUUCCGAGUAAAGAUAUAAAACUAAUUGACGUUUAUAUAAUAACAAAAUGAGAGUUUUUGUCGAUUCAUCACGAUAUAUUUAUAAAGAAAGAUUCUUUUGCAUUGAUACGGUAAAUUGACAAGGCUUAUAGACAAAGGUAUGUCUUAUUUCUUCUUUUCAUUCAUGAAAUUAACAGCUGUAUUAAAAAGAUUUUUCAACGUAUGUCGACCCACUUUUGUUAUAAACAAAAUCUCUUAAUUAAAACAAAACAUUCUACGUACUUACAUUAGUUUCAUCGAUGGUCAUUACGUGACCACGCCAUUUUGUCAAACGAAAAAAAGCCAUUGAAAAUAAAUAUGUAAUCGAUUACAAACUAUGAACGAAAUUUAAAAAAAUCUCAUAUUGAGAUUCAAUUAUUGACGGUUUAAAAUAUACAUACACAUAUACCUUAGUCUACCUUGAGCGUAAAAUAAAAUAAUAAAACUAUAUUAGUUUUUUAAACAAGAACGACCUAGAUGAUAAUAUUACAACAGUCCGUUAAUAAUACUAAUGUGCUUAUAAUUAUUACUAGUGUCGUUAGCCUACUGUACUUAGAAAAUGUAUUUACAUUCUGUUUUUAUUAAAAUACACUUUUUAAUUAUAUUAUGUUAUUGAUUGCAAUUGCCAAAAACAGCAGACUUUAAGAACUGAAUUUAAUAAAUAAAUAUUUAAUGUGAAGACAAAAUUUUGAUGAAAGCUAAUAUAUAACAUGACACAGGUUUAUUUUUAUGUGUAUUGUGUAUAUUAGUUAUACAUGUUUAAAUACACGAAAAUAAACUAAAAUAACUUAAUUGUAACGCUUAAUUCUAACUUGUAGUUAGUAUAAAUAUAUAUAUAUGAAAAACUCCAUUAAAAUGCAAAAGAACAUUGUUUGUACUGCAAACUAAAAUUAAAAUGAACUAAAGAAGACUAGUUAACAGAGCACUUACAAACUAAAUCAGCACCAAUUAAAAUAAAUAAAUGUUAUAGUAAAAAUUACAUAAAUUGGGCUUAUCACUAAGUGAAGUUCAAAAAAAAAUUGUAAACUGCAUAAUGUUUUUUGGCAUAAGCAUCAUUUAACAUAAAUUUUGAUAUUUCGUUAUGCAAAACGUUGUUUUUGCCGUUUUCAACUAAUAUAUUAGAUAUAACUUAAAUGUGUUUUUUUAAAUGUAAAUUAACGUGGAAAAGUGCCUGCAAAGGUGCCUGUUUUCUGAAUACAAUAUUGGUUUUGAUAAAAUUUAUAUAAGACCCAAUAUAGAGCUGAUCUAACCGGGGAUCGAACCCGGAUCAUUUUAUUAUUGUAACAACUGGAUUAUUGUUAUAAAUGUGUUAACAUAGUAUUUUAUAUUUUUAAGUCAUAUUAUCAACGUAAAGCGAUAUAUGAGGUAUAGCGAAAGGCGUGAAUGUAGUGUUAUAAGUAUGACUUUAUAGCCAAUAUAUCAGGUGUAUACAUUAUAUAUAAAAUAGUAUUAUUUUAAUAAAUAACAUAUAUGCCCAUAUUGUAAGGCAUUAGCGAUUGACCGUUCAUUAUAAAAUGGGUGAAAAAUUUAUACCUUUUAUUAUAAGCUUUUGGUAUCACUAUCUACAAUAUUUAAUGUGGACGAAUAAAUAAUUGAUAUUUUAGCUUAUACAUUAAAACGAUUGUAAUGUAAAACAUAUUUUGAGAUUUAUGAAUACAAUAUCAAAUGAGA